UUUGCGCUGAGUGAAGUUGUGAUUUGGCGAAACAUAAUUUAUUUCACUUCUCAUAAAAAAAUAUAAAAAAUAUAAACAAAUGAAACCUAACUCUGUUAUGCUUCAUAAAACAUAAGAAUGAAAUAAAACAAAUUUAUAUUAUAAAUUUUCAAGACAAAGAUCAGUUUUUUUUUUUCUUCAAUUGUGACACAUACGAUUAUACAAAUACAAGAUUAUUUUUUCUUAGUCUUUAAAUUUGUUCUUUUUUCUCGAGCUAUCAUUCCACCAUGAAGGUUCACGCCCUGAUUACUUUACUCUGUGUGACAGCCAUAUCACAGUCAACAAAUGGAGCAAAAAUACUAGGCCUUUUCCCUUAUCCAGGAAAAAGUCAUUUUGAUUUCUUUCAUCCCCUGUUUUUGGGCUUAGCUGAGGCAGGACAUGAUGUUACAGUAGUCAGCUAUUUUCCAAAUAAAAAACCUGUUGCCAACUAUACAGAUCUAGUUUUAGAUGGAUUGCCAGUAAUUAUUAACUUUGUUGACCUCAAGCAAAUCGAAAUGUUACACUUUUGGCUUGGAGAAGUAAGAUUGGCAAAUUUUGUUGUUCUCCAUCAAUUGGGCAUGGAGUCGUGUGAGGCUGCUUUUCAAUCGAAUGCCAUCAAAGACCUCCUAAAAACCUCUCAGAAGUUUGAUGUUAUUUUAGUGGAAAACUUUGUAAAUGACUGCAUGAUGGCAAUAGCUCAUAUGCUUGGAGCUCCAGUAAUCGGAUUGACUAGCCACGCUCCCAUGCCCUGGCAUUAUAACAGAAUGGGAAGCCCGUUUGUACCGUCAUUUAUGCCGAACCAUUUCUUGGGUCACUCAACCCAAAUGGGAUUCCUUCAAAGAUUAAAUAAUUUGUUGCAUCAACGUAUAUUCAAUCUUCUACAUGAUUACGUUUGCCAACGAGCUACUAACAACCUGAUCCGGAAAUAUUAUGGAGAUUCAGUCCCACCAAUAGAACAAUUAGUCUUGAAUACAAGUGUGAUGCUCAUAAACCAACAUUACUCCCUGAACGGUCCGACACCGUAUACUCCAGGAAUAGUUGAAAUUGGAGGAUUACAUAUUCAGAAGGCAAAACCUCUAGAUUCGGAAAUAAAGCAAGUCCUUGAUAAUGCCAAGAAUGGGGCAAUAUAUGUAAGCUGGGGAUCAAUGGUCCGGCCGGAGACCAUUUCACCUGAAAAGAAAGCUGCCCUAAUAAAGGCUUUAUCACAAUUUGACCAAACUAUUCUUUUAAAAUGGCCAAAAUCAUCGAUCCCAGAUGCACCGAAAAACUUUUACCUUCGCGAGUGGAUGCCUCAAAGGGACAUAUUGUGUCACCCUAAUGUUAAAGUGUUCAUGACUCACGGAGGUCUUCUCGGAACUACCGAAGGAUGUCAUUGUGGAGUUGCAAUUGUGGUAACUCCAUUUUUCGGUGAUCAGUUCCUUAAUGCAGCAGCAAUUCAAUCUCGAAAUGCUGGUGUUGUAUUGCAUUAUCGUGACUUGCAAGAAGAAAAUAUAUUGAAAGCUCUCCGAACUGCCCUAAGUCCAAGUGUUCAAGAAAAUGCUAAAAUUAUUUCAGAAGCAUUUAGAAAUCGUCCUCAGUCACCACUUGAAUUGGCUAUUUGGUGGGUUGAAAAGAUUGUUAGAACCAAAGGAUUACCAUUGGCUGUGAAUGCUUCAUCAAGAAUGCAUUGGUUUACCUACUACAAUCUAGAUGUAUACGCUGUUCUAUUUAUUGUGUUGUUUUUGAUAAUAAUUGGAAUUAAAAGACUGGCAAAAUUAUUAUGUUGUUCGAGGAAGACAAAGAACAAAAAAGACAUUAAACAAAAAAAGCAUUAAAAUUUUUAAGAACCUUUAAUUGCCAAUUAAAUAAAAAGAAAGUUUCAGUACAAAUAAAGAUAUAAAUAUUAAAAUAA